UCUUAAAUGAGAGAGCAGGACUCAACUGAGUCUAUUCCUUUUUUUAUCUUUUCUUUUCUUGAGCUUUUAAUCGUGAUUCAUAUAUUCAACUUCUUUAGGGRWAAUSAAAUGGUUUGUCUUGAAGACAAGGAGGUUAUUGAUCCUAAARAGGUAAAACAUAUUUCAUGCUUAUUGAAGAGAUCUUUAAAUCAUCAAAAUAUUUCUGUAUGCCCAGCCAUUUUCUAGKUCACAGCAGAUCUAACUGAUUAUGAGCAGAUCAUAGCAGUAACUGGUUCAAGGAGAGACUCGUCCAGAGSCGCUGUGCAUCUUGGGAUUUAUUGGGGUUAUUUUUUGUUGAUAACACAGAUGGUAUGAUAUGAUAUCUUUAGGUUUACCCGGACAACUUUGUACGCAGAGAAGUAUUAUCACUAGUAGUGAAGUGUGUUAACACAGAAAAAGGAUGCAAAUGGACCGGUGAAGUCAGACACUUGGAGGAGCACGUUAAACAGUGUGAAUUCCAGGAGGUUCAUUGUAUCCACUCUGAAUGUGGGAUGAAAGUAACACGACGUCAGCUACCAAGUCAUCUGAGAACAGAUUGUAAACACAGAAUGACACAGUGUUCCUACUGCAGGAAAGAUGUAUCAGUAGCCAAAAUGAGGAGCAUCAUAAGGAUGAAUGCAUGAUGUUUCCAGUGUCUUGUCCGAAAUGUAACAAAGAGGGAAUCCCGCGGGACAUGAUGUCUGUUCAUUUGGACCCACUGCAGGGAGAUUGUUCAGAARUCGAAGGACCCUGUCCUUUCUCUGCUAUAGGGUGUCCAGUAAAAGAGGUCAUGAACAAGAAACGUCGUUCCAAACACUUGGCUGAAAAAAUUGCAGAUCACUUGAGUUGGCUUCAGAAGGACUAUUUGGACCUGAAAAGUCGUGUAGAAACACCGCAAGCCGUGGGUGCACGAUCCAUGAGUCCUGUGCUGAAUUAUCCCGAGGGAAAGAAAGACAAGAUGAUGAAAGAUUUGAUGGUCAAAGUCGAAGCUCUUAUGCAAGAUAAUGUUAACAUGAGGCGAAAGAUAGCAGAACAAACAAGCCAGCUGUUACAGAUGGAGCAACGCCUGGCCAGCGCAUCAGAUGUUGAAAUCGCUUCUUCUGCAGUGACUUACAAAACACCGACUGACAAGGAGUCCAAAGAAUUGUUUAAGGAUCUGAGAAAAAGAAUCACGAACGUGGAGAAUACCGUGGCACAGACGCAGGUGUACCAUAUUGAUAACAUCCGAAGAACAACCGAACAAGGCGAAGCUGUUGCUGAAGUGAGACGAAAGGUAGAAGAAUUAGAAGAGUCACAAAAGAGGCUGGAGACGCGGAUCCACGCGCAGGAAAGUGAAACAGCAAUGAGUAAUAUAGCACUAGCUGACUUGGGAGAAGCCUUAACUGAGAUGAAAUAUGUCACACAUGAUGGGAUCUUGGUCUGGAAAAUCACAGAUGUGGCAAGGAGAAGAACUGAAGCCAUUACUGGUCGUGUGCUUUCCUUCUACAGCCCACAAUUCUACAGCAGUCGCCAGGGUUACAGGAUGUGCGCGCGCAUCUACUUGAACGGAGAUGGAAUGGGCCGAGGAAACUCAAUCUCUUUGUUUUUUGUGCUCAUGCGCGGUGAACACGAUGCGUUACUCCGAUGGCCGUUCAGACAAAAGGUGACACUAAUGUUAAUUGAUCAGGAUAACGUGGAACAUGUCAUUGAUGCUUUUCGUCCUGAUCCCUCGAGUUCUUCAUUCCAGAGGCCACGUGGUGAAAUGAACAUCGCGAGUGGGUGUCCCAUGUUUUGCCCACUGUCUGAACUGGACAAACAUGCAUACAUCCGGGAUGACACUAUGUUCAUCAAGAUCAUUGUUGAUACGAUGGACAUGAUGUAGAAAUGAACCCUUCUGCACUUCAACUGUUAAAUACAUGUAUGUACCUGGUUAACGUACUAGUCAUCGAAACUUUAUAGGUUUACUGAAGAUUGAUGAACGUUUUGUUUUACGUCUGAUAAGAAAUCAAGAAAAUACUUGCGCACAAUGCAGUAAGGUUGGCGACCAACAUGCUAAAGUUAAAAGACCCCUCAACCAAAUGUUUUAUCCAAAACUCUUCAAACGUCUUCUGUUUAACGGCAUCUUUCUUUUGAUUGAGAAGAUUCUUGAUUUAAUCAUGCGCAAGCCUUAAAGUAAGUAAAAUAAGAUGACUUCAUUACAUCAUCCUUGUAAGCAAUGUUAUGGUAUUCAACAUGUUCAAGUGCAGUUGAAAGCAAAGACGAAGGUACCUCGUGUACCUCUUCUCUCUGAAUAAGGUACAGGGUCUAUUGCACCCCACCCCUGUAGGUAAGGCUUAUCUCAAGGUGUUAUGUAAAUAAGUAUCCUUUACAGCUUACCAGCAUUUGACGCAUGCUAUACCAUAAUGUUGUAGAUCAGGAUAAAUCCACUAAACACAUACAUAAGUGCCUAUAGAAGCCCGUUACCAAGGGCAACACCCCAUGUCUACAGCAGCAUCUACAUACUAGACUUAGUAUGGUUGAUAGGACAGGGGAAAAGGACCCCAAUACAUAGGAUAAUGGCACCAUGUGACUAGGGGGGUCAAUAGCAUCUGUAUCAGUGAUACUAGACUUAGUAUGGUCAGUAGGACAGGGAGGAGAAGGACUCGGUGUUCAUCCCAUGUCCCAAUACAUAGGAUAAUGACACCAUGUUAAUAGAGAGGUCCAUAGCAUCUGUAUCACUGAUACUAGACUCAGUAUGGUCGAUAGGACAGGGAGAGAAGGACUCGGUGUUCAUCCCAUUUCCCAAUACAUAUCAUAAUGACACCAUGUGACUAGAGGGGUCCAUAGCACCUGUAUCACUGAUACUAGACUUAGUAUUGUCGAUAGGACAGGGGUAGAAGGACUCGAUGUUCAUCCCAUGUUCCAAUAAUGACGAAACUACUGCACAAAAGUCCCAAUAGACAAGCUUAUCUUGAAGCUUAUGUUGCUGUAGAAGCUUUGAAUUCAGUCACCCGAAUUGGGUGUAAAAAGGCUUUUUGAUGUUUCUGAUAGAAAAGACAAUGAAAGCCAAGCGAUUGCAAAAACCUCUGGUUUUAUAGAGGCUUUAUAAAACUAAUUCCAAAACCAGGAAUAUCCCUCUUGCGAUAAAACCCUGAUUUUAUAUGUCGAGGGCGGAAACCAUUGGACAAGAGAAAAACGAUAUGAAACUCGAGAGAGAAAAAUAUUCUUGUUUUAACUCUUAUUUACAUAUGUGUAUAUAUAAACGAAUCAGUUACUAGAAAACUAAAACAAAACAAGAACAAACAAACAAACAAAGGAAAUGAAAACGAAAAAAGAAAAAAAAAGAUAUGAGAAAACAAGAAAUAAGAGAAAAACAACAACACGAGAAAUGGAACCAAGUGAGAAGAAACAAAACUACUGCAUAAUAUUUCGUAAAGUUUGGAUUUCUUAUGAAAAAACUCCAACUGAUUAUUUGGGACUUGAUUCAAUUGAUAUGUUAAAUUAAAGUUUAGGGUUAGUUUAGGCUAUGGGACGUAGAAAACUAGAGGGAAAAAGCAACACUGAAAAACCUCAAAAAUAUGAUACAAAACAAAAUUGACGAUAGAACACUAACAAUGUAGCAAGAACAGCAAUAAGAACAAACAAAACAAAAGAAUAACGUGUGUGAUAUAAGUUCAAAAAAAAAAAAAAACGUUAGAAAA